GUAAGGUGGCGUCGCGCAUCUGAUAUCGGUGCGGCAAGUAACUAGAAAUCUUCGGAGUUACUUAAAAAUAUCAACAUAGUGAUUUAUAAACAGUGUGUAAUUUACCAAGUAACAAUUAAAAUUGUUUUAUAAUGGAUAUAGGGGAAUUAUUGUCGUACAAACCACCAAAUACACCAAAACGUCCUAUCCCUGGGGAAGACGACGACGAGGACGAGUGGGAAAAUUCGAAGCGUGCAAAAAAAGUUAUAAAAACUCCUUAUCAUCCACGUCAAAGGCAGUUACGUGAAACGGACUUGACACCUGCUAGAAGUAGCGAACCUCCAACUCCAAUCAGAGCUGCACUUCCAGCACCUGCCAACGACGUUGUUGAACCGCAAUUGUCGGAAAAAGAAAAACAAGACAUCAUCAAUUAUGUUGAAAAUGAAGCUCCCGAAGUUGAGGCCCUUGACGAUGCAACUCUCAAAAGAAUGGUUUUGUUGUUUGAAAAAAGAGCCCUUCGUAACCAAGAGAUGAGGGUGAAGUUUCCUGAUCAGCCAGAAAAAUUCAUGGAAUCAGAAUUAGAAUUGCAUGAAACACUUCAAGAACUUCAUGUGGUGGCAACAAAUCCUGAGCUUUAUCCCUUAAUGGUUGAACUCGGGGCUGUACCAUCACUAUUAGAAUUACUUUCUCACGAGAACACUGACAUAGCGGUGGGAGUUGUGGAUCUCUUGCAAGAAUUAUCUGAUGUUGAUAUUUUGCACGAGAGUCAAGAAGGUGCGGAUGCUCUAAUUGAUUCCCUUCUAGAGCAACAAGUCUGCGCUCUCCUCGUUCAAAAUUUGGACAGGCUUGAUGAAACAGUAAAAGAAGAGAGCGAUGGAGUGUUCAACACAAUGGCAAUAUUCGAGAACCUCCUAGAAUUCAGGCCAGAAUUAUGUGCAGACGCUGGUAAACAAGGACUCAUGCAAUGGUUAUUGCGCCGGAUAAAAGCCAAGAUGCCUUUUGAUGCGAACAAAUUGUAUGCGAGCGAACUUUUAUCAAUUUUGCUGCAACAAACUCCAGAAAAUAAAUUGUUGCUUGGUGAUAUUGAUGGCAUUGACGUAUUGUUACAACAAUUGGCGUAUUACAAACGUCACGAUCCACAAACAGCCGAAGAGCAAGAAAUGAUGGAAAACCUGUUCAAUGUGCUGUGUUCGAGUUUAAUGUGUACAAUAAAUCGGGACAGAUUUCUACGUGGCGAGGGUCUUCAACUGAUGAAUCUUAUGUUGCGAGAGAAAAAAAUGUCUCGCAAUGGUUCGCUGAAAGUUCUCGAUCACGCGAUGAACGGUCCUGACGGAAAGGACAAUUGUACUAAAUUCGUAGACAUUCUUGGCCUGAGAACGAUAUUUCCAUUGUUCAUGAAAACGCCAACGAGGAAUCGAAAAAGAAUGCUCAGUGCUGAGGAGCACGAGGAACACGUGAUCUCAAUAAUCGCAAGCAUGUUAAGAAAUUGCAAAGGUCAACAACGUCAAAGAUUGCUAAGUAAAUUUACGGAAAACGAUUAUGAGAAAGUUGAUCGCCUGAUGGAACUUCAUUUCAAGUAUCUCGAAAAGGUCGAAGAAGUUGAGAAGGAAGCGAAGGAGGACGAGGACGAAGAUGAAUCUUAUCUUAGACGCUUGGACGGUGGCCUUUUUACUCUUCAACUCGUUGAUUACGUUCUCCUCGAAGCAUGCACAGGUUGCCCACCGGCUGUAAAACAAAGAGUCACUAGAAUAUUGGCACAGCGACGAGCAUCCCUCAAAACUAUUCGACACAUCAUGAGAGAGUAUGCCGGAAACUUGGGGGAUGCGGGAGACUCCGAAUGGAGAGAAGCGGAACAGCAACAUAUUUUACAAUUGAUAGACAAAUUUUAAUAAUCAUUUCCCUCAUCCCAAAUAAGUUUCCAUUCAGCGUAUCAUUCAACAUAUUUGAAAGUUUUCUCGUAAAAAUCCUUAUACAGAUUUUUUAAAAAAUAAAGACAAAUAUGUCUCCAUGUGGGCAGAAAAA